AUGGCCAACUCGUUGGUCAGUAGAAGGAAAUCAACCAUUGAUUGUCGCAGUCUUGAGCUUUCGCACGGAGACAAGCGACAGUUAAAGAUUUCGGCAUCUCACCUCGUUAUAGUAUUCAGCGUGACUCAACAGAGUGAUACUUCCAAGAAAGUUUCGACGGAUUGGUAUUACGGGGCAUCAGUUGACAGUCUCCAACGCGGAAAUCUCGAUGAGUGGGUCGCUGAAUAUUUCUUUGAAUAUCGGCAGGUUAUGGUCGAUUACUUGGCAGAAUGGGCGCAUAUUUCGGAUCAAUUGCAAGAUGGUAGAAAUGAGGAUGUGAAGUGCAUGCGAAUAAUGAACGACCCUAUACCAGCUUUAUACCGUCCUUUCCUCUGCUAUGGCGUUACGCAUUUUGUAUUACCAAUUGUCACUGACAUUGUAUUGGAAAAGCUUGUCGGAUUCACGAAAUAUCGUUCGGGAACUUUGGAAUAUUGGCAUUCACGCGCUGCCAUUGAAGAGGAAAUGAUGAUGGAGCCCAUCGUAUUCUGUCAUGGCCUGGGUGUUGGCCUUCUGCCGUACAUUCCGUUCGUGCGCGAUCUCAGGAGGGCAUUUCCGGAUAGAGACCUCUUUUGCAUAGAACUUCCUCAUAUUGGCCACAGCUUUGGAACAUUCGUGGUGAGAUGGAUGUUGACGCAUGAACUCAACAGGAUCGCCUCUUUGAGUUUGAUGGACCCGGUAUGCUUCCUGUUAGUGAAGAACGACUUGUUGUUGAAUACGCAGAGAAAAGUCCAUGAAGAUCCGAUCGGGAUAUUGGCUACUUAUCUGGUCUUCAGGGAGUUGUAUACGGCACAUACAUUGACGAGGAAUUUCUUUUGGGAACAGAAUAACGUCUGGCCCGAAGAACUGCGGAAUGUCCCCACGCACGUGUCGUUGUGCGGCAAAGAUUUCAUAGUACCAGCUCACUCGAUAAGGAGGUUGUUGGAGGCUGAAUCGGCGGCGCGUCUGGCGAUUACUCGAGAGGAUCAAUUGAAGAAAUCACGACUACACGAGCAGUCGAGGAAUUUGUGA